CCGAUGCUCGCGCUCUCGGCGUCGCGGGCGGCGAUGGUCACGGUCGCGCCGACGUCGAUCGAGUUUGCCGACGUCGAGGCCAUGACGUGCUACCUCGUAGCGCUCAGCGUGCAGAACACGAGCCGCUACUCGGUGCGCUUCCGGCUCACGCGCCCCGCCUCGCGCCACUUCCGCGUGCUCUUGGACCAGCAAGACUUGGCGCUCGUGGCCAACCCGACGCGGACGCUGUCGCCGGGCCUCGCCAUCAAGUUUGACGUGUCGUUCCUGUUGGAGGCGCUGCCCGAGACGAGCGACGACGACCUUCACGACAAGCUGCUCAUCCUCGUCGAAAACAGCGCGCCGAUCGAGAUUCCGCUGGUGGCACGCCGGCCAUCGCCCGCUCUGCGCUUCGACUCGCUCAUCGAUCUCGGCAUGGUUGUGCUCUCGCACCGCACGGCCAAGUAUGUCAACAUCGCCAACGUCGGCGCGCGCGAGGCCCACUUUUUGAUCGAGACCGAGGCCGGGCUGCCGUUGACCAUCACGCCAAAGGCCGGCGUCAUUCCCGCGCAGUGCGAGGCGAAGCUCAAGGUCGACUUCACGGCGCGGGACCUUGGCAGCUUUCGCUCGAUCGCGACGAUCCGGAUCACCGAAGGCCGCAAGCACGCGCUUCUCGACAUUAGCGCGACAGUUGUCGAGCAUACGAUGGAGCUGGUGUUUCCGAGCAGUGACGGCCUCGUCCACGAGCCUGUCAAGAUGCUGCCGUUUGGGAUGCUCUACACGGGCGAGUCGCGCCAGAUCGACACGGUCCUGCGCAACAACGGGCCUCAACCCGUGGGUUUCCAGACGGGCAUCUCACUCACGGGCCGCCCGUUCCGGGCCGGCGAUGAAAUAGCAAGCCCCGAAGACGACGGCGGCGACUACGAGGAAAAGAAGAAGGAGCUCACGGCGAUGCCGGCCGAAGGCUACAUCCCGCCAUACGGCCACGUGCUCUUGUCGUUCGUGUACAAGCCAAGCAUGCUUCUCUCGCAGCGCAUGCGGCGUCCGUCGCUGGUAACAGAGAACAACCCGCUCGAGGCCCAGGGCCGGCCACUCCGCGCCUUUGCGUCGGUCGAGUGCGCCGAGCUCAACCAAAACAUCACGAUUGAAAUCUCGGGCACGGCGGUGACGCCGCACGUGUCGAUCUCGCCCGAGAGCUUUGACUUUGGCGAGUGUGCCGCCGGCGCGCGCGUCGACAUGCUCUUGAGCAUCAAGAACCAAGCGACGCUCCCGGUCGUCUUUGCGAUCGCCAAGCUCGCGCACUUUAGCGUCCAGCCGUGUCGCGGCCGCCUCGACGUGCUCCAGUCGCAGAGUCUCGUCGUGAGCUUUGUACCGUCGCAGCUCGGCCGCUUCCACAAUGCACUGGAUCUGAGCAUCCAAAACGGGUCCAUUCACAUUCCGAUUCCAGUGCAUGGCGCGGCCACGUCCGUGGGCCCCAAGAAGAAGACGCUUGUCGGUGGCCCGGACGCGCUGCCGCAGGACUUUCGGCCGAAAUUCAACUUUGUGACGCACGACGACGUCAAGCUCCAGAAAGCGCAACCGACCAAGAGCUUUCAGCGCGUCCCGCCGUACCAAGUGGCCGCAAAAGAAGGUACGGCGGCCGUCGACGAAUUCGAGUUUCAAGGCACCAACAACACCCAUUUAACGUACUGCGUCAACGAGCUCGCCGACCGCGCGCACCACCGCGACGCGUACAACCAGCUCCUGACGCAGUUUCGACACGACCGGUUCGCCAAGAGCGUGCCAGCGCCCAGCAACCAGAACGCGGCCGACUUGGGCAUGGCGCCCCAGGGCGGGCUCCAGGGCCCGGACAUGAAGCUGCCCAAAGCGACCGAGCCGCUGUGGAUGCAGUCGGAGCAGAACAGCCGGCGCGGCGUCGCGGCCGCCAAUCCCGCGUUUGACGAAAACAAACUCAUCAAGCGCAAGUUCAAAGCCGCCCCCGUGACGCAGGCCGAGGUCAAAGACUGUGCGACGACGUUAACGUCCGAGCAGCUCAAGCUGAUUGUGGCCGGCCCCAAGACGAUCCAUUUUGGCCUCAUCUGCGUCCACUCGGUCUCGAAAAAAUCGUUUAGCGUCACGAACGACCUCCCGCACAACAUUCUCGUGACCUUGCACUUCAACAACGACCACGAAGAGCUCAAGCAGACAUCGCCGAUGAGCCAAGUGAUCCCCGCAGGCGCGACCGCGGGCUUCGACUUGACCUUCUUCUCGCGCGCCGAGCAAGUGUUUCAAAAGUACGUCCAGUACUCGGUCAACGGCCAGCACUCGUUCAAGCUCUUGAUUGUCGCCGAAGUCGUCCCGAUCUGCGUCGAGCUCUCAACGCCCGUGCUCGAAUUUGCCUUUGAUGCGUCCGACCUCUCGCCCACCAUCUCGCAGACGGUGCAGGUCAAGAACCCUGGCAACUCGGAGGCGCACUACAGGUGGGUGCCCGAGGCUGCCGACCAGUGUGCGUUUGAAGUUACCCCCGUCGCCGGUGCGAUCGCUGCCGGUGGCACGGCGAGUGUCCGCGUCACGUUCGCGCCGCGCAUUGGCGUCCCGAACCAAGCAACGCUCUGCGUCCUGGUCGACGGCGGCAAAACCAACCAAAUCCACUGCGUUGGGCACUUGCCCGAGCCCAAGUGCCUCAUCAAAGACAAAAAAAUCGACUUCGGCGCCACGACCGCGGGCAUUCCAAAGGAGAAGCGACUGCUGCUACUCAACUUGAAUGCGAUGGCCCCGACCGUGUUUUACGCGGAAAUUGAACCCACGACGAGCGGUGUGAGCAUCAAACCAGCUGAAGCCUGUCUCCUCCCGUCCGACACGACCGAGCUCCUCUUGGGCCUCGACGUUCGUCGGCCGCUUGUCCUCGAAAACGUCAACCUCGUCGUGCGCAUCCGCGGCGGCCGCACGAUCCGGAUUCCGAUUUCCGCCGACGUUGUCGUUCCCAGAGUUGAGUUUGAGUCGCCGCUCGAGAGCUUUGCGUUCGGCGGCCUCACGCUGGGUGUGCACGCGACGAGAGCGCUCAAGCUCGCGAACCGCAGCCUCGUGCCGGCCCACCUCGAGCUCCUUUUCGAGAAGACGCCCGAGUUCAACGUCGUGAUGCCCCAGGCGCUCAACCCGAGCAUCGACGACGUGCAGAGCGUGUUUGGGCCAUUAGAUCCGCUCGCCGAUGUGACGCCGACGCGCAACUGGCGCCUUGUGCUGCCACCGGAAGCCUCGGUGGCGCUCGAGCUCAGUUUUCUACCAACCGUCAUUGCGUCCCACGCGUUUCCGUUUCCAAUGCAAUUUGAAGGUCUUCUCGCGCGCCACGACCCGUUCGAUCGCAUCGUGACGGCGACAGGGCUCAAGCCGCGGCUACUCUUCUCUGUGACGACGCUCGACUUUGAGAAGCGCGUGGUCGCGACGGACAAUGCGCGGAAGAUUCCGUACUCGGUGUCGCUCGUGCUGACCAACGACGACCCGAACACGAUCAAAUGGCACAUGGAUCUCGCCAACCUUAUGCGCUCGAGUCCGUCGGUCUUUCACAUUGCGCCGUCGUCGGGCGAGCUCGCGGCGGGAGACAAGUGCACGGUGCGCGCCAGCUUCCUUCCGCUCGAGGCCGAGGCGUACACGGCCGAGAUUCCCGUGCUGUUGGACGAUCUGCCCUACUUGACGCUGAGUUUGGUCGGUCACGGCAUCCACCCGCACCUAAGUUUCUCCGUCCCACGCGUCGACUUGCCGCCCGUGCCACUCGGAGUCGCGUCGUCGACGUCGUUUUUUGUGACCAGCACCGGAUAUGACAACCUGGAUCUGAGCUAUCGCCUCCCGAUCGACCUCAACCGCGUACCGAUCACCGUGUCGUUUCCAGAUGGCAAAGCGAUCGGAAUCGCCAACCCGCGGAUCCAGGUCGACGUGUCGUUUUGCAGUCUCAAGUCGAUUGCGUUCAACGCCAAGCUCGAGUUCUUUGACGCCGAGGGGCACGAGUUUGACUUGGCCCUCAGCGGCUUUUCUCGACGCGCAUCGCGCCGAGUACGUUUUUACACGGACGUCGAGGCGCGCCACCCGAUCUACUUUCUCGAGAAAACGCAGCUCAAGCUGCUCGCCAAGCGCACGGCCGCCGCCGCCAUGCCGCUCAAAGAGCCCGCGAAGCGACAAGUGACGCCGGCCGUGAGCAAAAAACGCGGUGUCAAGGGCGCGACUGCCGCCGUCAACGACACGGGCCCCGCCCCUGGGGGGUACGUCGACGUGAGUGGCAAGCUGUACCAUGCGCCGGCGUUGCACGAGCUCCGCCCCGAGGAAAUCACGCUCCUCGUCAAGUGGCUCAACAUGAACAUUCUCAAGACACCCAUCGUCUCGUUUCCGCAAGACAUUGUGGCGGCCGCGGGCCGGCCCAUCUACGAGAUGCUCGACGUCGUGUGCGGCAAGAGCGUGCCCGGGCGACUCAAGAGCGUCUCAGGUCUCAAGAAGGAGCAAAUGCAGCAGCUCAUGGGGCAGUACACGGAGCUGCUUCGCUUCCUCAAGAGCUACGGGGCCCUCCUCAACGACCUUCGUCCGGAGCAGCUUCUCGAUAUGGACAUGUACCUUCGCUGGAUGGAGGACGACAGCGCGACGCUCGCAGCGCACUCGAGCGCCAACCGUCGAGCGACACUCGAGAAGGACUUUGGCCGCGUCAGCGUCCACGUCUGGCUCAAAAUCGUCUACCAAAUUAUCAAGUGCUUUGUGCUGUUCCGGGUCUCGAUGAAGUCGUUCCAGAACCUCCCGGGCAUCGAAGCGGCGACGGCGCUCAAGCCACUCGCCGUCAUGGUACAUAGCAACGUCUACAGCGAGUCCGAGAUGGUGCUCAUUCAGUGGCUGCUCCACCACGCCAAGCGAGCGGCCACGGUGUCCGAGCCCCGGCUCAUUGUCGACAUUGAGACCGACCUCCGCGACUGCGUCGUUCUCUCCUACGUUCUUAUUUCGCACGUGCCGUCGCUGGCCGCCGAGGCAGGACCUCUCUACGGCUUCCACCGCAAUCCGAUGACGCCCGAGCACGUGCUCGAGAACGCGUCGUCGCUGCGGAACGCGCUCAGUCUCCUUGGCUUGGACUAUGGCCUCGCGCCCGAGUUGCUCUGCUCGCUCUCACUGCCGUCGACGAUCUUGCUCGUCUUGCACCUGUACCAAAACGUGCCUCAGUUCAUUCCCAAGACAACGAUCGAGUUCAAGGGUAUUUUGGGGCAAACGAUCACCAAGAGCAUUGAGCUCAAGAACCCGAGUAAGAAAACCAUCGUCUACGACGUGUUUCUCGAAGGCCAAGUGCGCGAAUUCAGCAUCUACGCCCACACGCUGACGCUGGAACCGGAGAAGAGCGCGACGUUCGCCGUCGAUUUCAAGCCCAAGUUUACGCGCACGGUCACGGCGCGCUUGACGUUCCGGUCCGUGCGCGACGGUCCGUCUUGCGCCGCGACCAUGGUGUUUGUCUUGGAAUCCAACAUUUACUCGCGGAAACCCGUCCGCGUCUACCAAUUUGAGACUACGCUCUAUGAGCGCAAGCUCGAGGAGAUUAGCAUCGAGAAUCAGUUCCCUGUCAACGGCGUGUACAAGCUCUCGGUGCUGCAGCAAGCGCCAACGCGCCACGAUGCCAGCGCCAGCACGCUCCUCUCCAAGAUUGGCAGCGACGACGGCUGCAUGGAUGCGCAGCUGCCGUUUUUCCUGCCCGAGGUGACCACCGACACGAUUGCGAUUCGGAAGGACGCAUCGACCUCGAUCAAGGUCGAGUUUAUUCCGCUGCAGCCUGGCACGUACAAGUGCCAGCUGCUCUUUUUAGACGAGAACGUGGGCGAGUUCAUGUACGAAGUCCAAUGCACCGCGCACUUGCCGCCCGUGCUCGAGACGCUCGAAUUCACGUGCGAGAACAAGCCGCAUUUGCUCAAAGAGCUCACCGUGCCGGUGAAGAACCCGCUGCUGACGAAAGCGCUGGCGUGCAUCAUCGACCGCUUCCAGGGCAUUCUCAAGGCCAAGCUCCGCGAGUCGCUCAAGAAAUGCGAAGACGCGCACCACACCAACUUUCACAUUGAAGUCAACUCGCCCUACUACGUCCUUGCGGCCAGUGACAUUGUGCUCAAGCCCGCGAGCAACAGCGCGCUCGAGAGCGAGAAGCGCGCCACCAAUGCGAACGCCGCGCCGGCCCAAGCCAAGCUCAGCACGCCCCGGAACAGCGCCGGCACACUGGCGCACCCGUCACUCAACUCGGUGGCGUUCGAUUUCCAGCCGCGCGGCGCAGGUCUCUACGCGUGCAAGCUCCUCCUUCGGUCCACCGCCAACUGCGGCAGCGACAUCCGCGUCUACGAGGUUCUUGCCAAAGUCAACGAUGCCGGCGUCAAGACCACCCUCGAGUUUUCGGCGCCCGCACGGCAGACCAUUACCCAAGAGAUCCCGAUCAUCAACCCGACGGACGAAGCGUGGACGCUCCGCGCGACCCUCAGCGGGACCCAAGGCGUCUUUUCCGGCGCGUCAACGCUCGUCGUGCCCGCGGGCAAGACGGCCAACUACGCGCUAGUCUUCAAGCCGCAGUGGCUCGUGACCGAGACCGGUAGCCUCGUCCUCACCAACCCCAAGACAGAGCAAGUGUUUGAGUUUCUGCUCGGCGGCGUCGGCGAGGAGCCGCUCGCCGUCCAGCACAUUGUGCUUUCGUGCGUCGCUCGGCAAAGCGUCGCGCACGAGUUCGAAGUGCAGACGUACCGGUACGACCCGGCCGGCGCCACGUCGUUUAGCGUCGAGUCGGACUUGCCGUAUGUCGGCGGGCCACCGACGAUCACUGUCGACGGCCCCAACUCGACGGCGUUGUACAAGCUUCUCUUUAGUCCGCUCCUCGGUGGCUCGUACUUUGGCAGCAUCACGUUUACCAACAGCCGCACGGGCGAGUACUCGUGGUACACGAUCGAGGCGAGCGUCGCGGCGCCCGAGCCCGAGGCCACGCUCGAGAUGCACGCGUCCGUGCGGUCGGCCGUCGGCAUGGAGAUUAGCCUCCAGAACCCGCUCUCGCACGCCGUGACCUUUGCGAUCCGCCUCCUCGGAGCGGGUCUCUACGGCCCGAGCGAGUUUCGCUUGGAUGCAGAAGAGACCGGCAUCUACCAGCUGCUCUACUGCCCGCUCGUCGCCGGCAGCACGGUUGGCUCGAUCGGCUUUACGAACGAAGAUGUCGGCGAGUUUUCCUAUGUGCUCGCACUGCACGCAACGCCCGCACCGCCGACGCAGCUCGCAGACAUGUCGUGUGCGGUAGGCGACGUGUGCUCGCAGCCCAUCGCGAUUGUCAACCCCAUGGACAGCACGUUUUCGCUCGAUGUGCACUUGAGCAACACGCGCAACUACCGCAUUCGAGACACCGACAUCGUCGUCAAGCCGUUCAGCACGUACACCGCGGUCCUGGACUACACGCCGUCGAGUCUCUCGGAGUUUGAGUGCGCCGACAUCACAUUUCGCAACCCGGAUGUGGGUGCGUGGGAGUACAAGGUCCAAGGCAAAGGCAAGCCACCGAGCUUGAUGAAGACGACGCUGGUACAUGCGACGGUCGGCGAAGCUGCGAGCUCGCUCUUUGCCUUUCGCAACCCGUUUCCUGAUGCGCUUAAUGUCGAAGUCACCAUGGUGCAGCUCGACCCGACGGGCGACGAGAAUGUCAGCUCGCCACUCGCGACAAAGAGCGACAAGGUGCCGAGCACGAGUACCAGCGUCGCAAGCGCCAACCCGAGCCGCCAGCGACACCGUCCGCCAGCCCCCGCGCGGGCACCUGUGUUUGACAUUCUCCUCAAGAAGCCCCACGUCCUCCUCGAGGGCUUUGGGACGCUCCAGGUGCCCAUUUCGUUCUUGCCGAAGUACGUGUCGGAGGCCGGCGCGCACAUUAUUAUCAAAGGCGACACGGAGCUCGAGUGGGUCUACCCGAUUCGCGGCAUUGCGGCGGCGCCCGUGCACCCCAAAGCCUACUCGUUUGUGUGCCGCGCGCGCGAGUCGGUCGAGAAGACGCUGUCGCUGGAGCUCUUGGCGCUGGAAAAGGUGUCGCCGGACGAACGCUUCACGGUCGAGUGGGAUAUCCCCGAGCCCCAUGCGCGCGUCGUUGAGCGCACGCUCAAGGUGACGCCGGUCGUGGACCGCAUCACGAAUGUCACCGACCCGCUCGUCUACCUCGUGCGCUUCGAUCCGCUCAAGCCCCUUCGCCUCGCCGUCGGGCUCAUUGUCAAGAAGCGCUCCGGCGGCAUGUGGCGCUUUGACGUGCAUUUGGACGCGUCCGACCCAGUGGUCGAUGACGUGCUCACGAUCGAGUCGGCGCUCAACCAGACGUCGUCGGUCGCGUUCAAGCUCACCAACCAGUUUCGCGAGCCCGCGCCGUUCCAGGCCGAGUUUACGGCGGGCUCAUCGCAGGCGUUCACGGUCUACCCGGUGGAAGGCAUCUUGGCACCGUACGGCACCGAAGGCACGUCGUUCUCGAUUGCGUUUACGCCGACGGGCUAUGGCAAGAUGUGCUCGGGGCAGCUCGUGAUCCUCACGGACGAGAUGCAAUGGACGUUCAACGUCAAGGGCACGCACCCCGAGUACAAGGCGCCGACGGGCGAGGCCAAGAUCUUUGUACCGGCCAAGUCGACGCUGAGCAGCGCACAAAAGACGAGCCCGCCGAACGCGCGGCGAAAGCUCUUCAAGUCGUCCCGGAAAUCCUAA